CGUGCUAGUAACUGAAUCAAACGCACCCAAGUGGCAAGGUCACAUGGUUGGUCAUGAGGAAGUAAACAGUGAAGAAGAAAAAAGAUCCAAAGCAACUAUUUCCUCAGAAUUACGACGUUGUCUGUCAAUUUCCUUUGGACUUCUAAUUCAUAUAAAGGUGUGGAUUGUCUUGGUCUCCUCCAGCUGCUAUGGUGGACUUCUUGGCGGAGAACAACUUGUGCGGCCAGGCCAUCCUGAGAAUAGUUUCCAGGGGAAAUGCUAUCAUUGCUGAGCUCCUGCGCCUCUCUGACUUCAUCCCUCCAGUUUUCAGACUCAAGGACAAGAGUGAUCAGCAGAAAUAUGGAGACAUUAUCUGUGAUUUCAGCUACUUUAAGGGCCCAGAGUAUUAUGAGGGAAAGCUGGAGGCCAAAGCUGAGCUUCAGGAUCUGGAUGAAGAGUUUCGAGAAAACAACAUUGAGAUUCUUUCAAGAUUCUAUUUAGCUUUUGAGAGCGUCCACAAAUACAUAGUAGAUUUAAAUAGAUACUUGGAUGACCUAUAUGAAGGUGUUUAUAUUCAGCAGACUCUUGAGACUGUGCUUCUAAAUGAAGAUGGAAAACAGCUACUGUGUGAGGCGCUUUACCUGUAUGGUGUUAUGUUGCUCGUUAUCGACCAAAAAAUUGAAGGGGAUGUCCGAGAAAGGAUGCUCGUUUCAUACUACAGAUACAGUGCCGCAAGGUCUUCAGCCGACUCCAACAUGGAUGAUAUCUGCAAGCUUCUGCGCAGUACCGGAUUCUCCAGCCAGCCUGGUGCCCGACGGCCAGCCAACUACCCAGAGAGCUACUUCCUGAGAGUUCCGAUCAGUGCCACAUUCAUUAGCAUGGUUAUUGGGAGGCUGCGCUCCGACGAUAUCUACAACCAAGUGUCUGCCUACCCUCUACCAGAGCAUCGCAGUACUGCGCUGGCUAAUCAGGCUGCCAUGCUGUACAUCUGCCUUUACUUCAGCCCCUCCAUACUGCAAACCCAGCAAGCAAAGAUGAGAGAGAUUGUGGACAAGUAUUUUCCUGACAACUGGGUUAUCAGUAUCUACAUGGGGACCACAGUGAAUCUGGUGGAGGCCUGGGACCCAUACAAAGCUGCAAAAACAGCUCUUAACUAUACUCUAGACACCGCUAACAUCAAAGAACAGGCAACCCGUUAUGCCACUAGCAUGGAGACACUUCGGUCUCAGGUGCGGCAACUGCUGAAGGAAGGUUUCCUCAGAGAAGAGAUCAUCCUGGACAACAUUCCAAAAUUGCUUAACUCUCUGAGGGAUUGCAAUGUUGCUAUUCGCUGGCUAAUGCUGCAUUCUGCCGAGUCAGCCUAUGACCCAAACAAUAAGAAACUACGUCAGAUCAAAGACCAAGUUUUCAAUGACUCAAAGUACAACGCCAAGAUCCUCUUUCAGCUCCUCCUCGAUACAGCACAGCUUGAAUUUACACUCAAGGAGAUGUUCAAGCAGAUGCUAUCAGAGAAGCAGAUCAAAUGGGAGAGCUAUAAGAAGGAGGGAUCAGAGAGAAUGACUGAGCUGGCUGAAGUCUUCUCUGGUGUUAAACCACUCACCCGAGUGGAAAAGAACGAAAACCUUCAAGCUUGGUUCAGAGAAAUCUCAAAACAGAUUGAAUCUUUGAACUAUGAGGACUCUACAGCCGCUGGUCGGAAGACAGUCCAACUCAUACAGGCUCUUAUUGAGGUUCAGGAGUUCCACCAGUUAGAGUCUAACCUACAGGUCUGUCAGUUCCUGGCAGACACUAGAAGGUUCCUCCACCAAAUGAUCCGUACUAUCAAUAUCAAGGAAGAGGUCCUCAUCACAAUGCAGAUAGUGGGAGACUUGUCAUAUGCUUGGCAGAUCAUUGACAGCUUCACAUCCAUUAUGCAGGAGAGCAUUCGUGUAAACUCAUCCAUGGUCACAAAACUGCGAGCUACUUUUCUGAAGCUUGCCUCUGCUUUGGAUCUCCCAUUGCUGCGUAUCAACCAAGUGAACAGCGCUGACCUGCUGAGUGUUUCGCAGUUCUACUCGGGAGAAUUGGUGGCUUAUGUCAGAAAGGUACUUCAGAUCAUUCCAGAGAGCAUGUUUACCUCUUUGGCCAAGAUCAUUAAACUUCAGAUCCAUGAUAUCAUUGAGGUGCCCACGCGGCUGGACAAGGACAAACUGAAGGACUACUCCCAACUGGGGGCGCGCUAUGAAGUGGCUAAUCUCACCCACGACAUCUCCAUUUUUACUGAAGGGAUCUUGAUGAUGAAGACCACUUUAGUUGGAAUUAUCAAGGUGGAUCCCAAGCAACUUCUGGAGGAUGGCAUCAGGAAGGAGCUGGUGAAAAGGGUCGCUUAUGCUCUUCACAAAGGACUGAUUUUCAAUCCCAAGGCUAAGCCUAGUGAGUUGAUGCCCAAGUUAAAAGACAUGGCAGCCACCAUGGACGGGUUCUACAGGUCGUUUGAGUACAUUCAGGACUAUGUUAGUAUAUAUGGCCUUAAAAUUUGGCAGGAGGAAGUGUCCCGAAUCAUCAAUUACAACGUAGAGCAAGAAUGCAACAGUUUCCUCAGGACUAAGAUCCAGGACUGGCAGAGUGUUUACCAGUCCACUCACAUCCCCAUCCCUAAGUUUCCAUCUGUAGAUGAGUCUGCCACCUUCAUUGGACGUCUUUGCAGAGAGAUUCUCCGAAUCACAGAUCCCAAGGUAACAUGCUACAUUGACCAGCUGAACACCUGGUAUGAUCUGAAGAGCCACCAGGAAGUGACCAACAACAGACUGUUCUCAGAGAUCCAGAACUCCUUAGGUACAUUUGGUCUCAACGGCCUGGACCGGUUGCUGUGUUUUAUGAUUGUCAAGGAGCUGCAGAAUUUUCUGAUAAUGAUUCAGAAGAACAUUCUGAAGGAUAAAGCUACUCUAGAGGUAUUUAAAUCCAUGUUGGGUGCGGUCACUCCAAUACAGGGCAUUGUGGCUAAUGCCAGCAAAGUAUAUGCUGGUGCUGUAGCCAAAACCCCCAAAAUAUGGGGGCCAUAUUUGGAGACCAUCAUGAAGGUUGGUCAAAUGCAAAUUCUUCGUCAGCAAAUUGCCAAUGAGUUGAACUACUCCUGCAAGUUUGACUCUAAACACCUGGCGGCUGCCCUCGAAAACCUCAACAAGUCACUGUUAGCAGACAUUGAAGCUCACUACCAGGAUCCUUCGCUGCCCUACCCAAAAGAGGACAACACUCUUUUGUAUGAGAUUGCUGCCUAUUUGGAGGCUGCUGGUAUUCACAACCCACUUAAUAAGAUCUACAUCACCACCAAGCGCCUCCCUUUUUUCCCCAUUAUCAACUUCCUGUUUAUUAUUGCACAUUUGCCUAAGCUUCAGUACAGCAGAAACCAAGGAAUGACUUGCAGGAAGUCCACCGACCCUGUUGACUGGCCUCCUUUAGUUCUUGGGCUGCUUACACUUCUCAAGCAGUUUCACUCCAGAUACACGCACCAGUUUUUGGCUCUCAUUGGUCAGUUCAUCCGCUCUAUCAUGGAACAGUGUACAAGUCAAAAGAUCCCUGAUAUGCCGUCCGAUGUGGUAGGAGCGCUCAUGUUACUGGAAGACUAUGUGAAAUAUACGAAAUUGUCACGCAAGGUGGCUGAAGCCCAUGUCCCUAGUUUCAUUUUUGCUGAAUUCAGAACUAUACUGUGAAGAUGCAGAAGAAGCAACCAGGCAGAAAAAACACUUUUGCCUUUUGUAUGCAUUUGAUUGUUUAGAUCAGUGUGUUUAAGCACAUGCAACAUUGUAUUUUGUACAUAGAUUAAUUUAGAAUUCUAACAAUAUUUUACCAUUUUGUAAUACUGCACGUAGUAAUAAACAUUGUUCAAUUAUUGUUUGAAUAGAAAAUGUUAUGGAAAAUAAAAAACAUUAAGUGCUUGUA